AUGUCCUAUUCUAUCUUGAUCAACGGAAAGGGAAGGGUCAAUUGUCGCGAUCCUGGAUAUUUGACGGACAUGGUCCCCACGUCGUUGAAAUCAGUGCUUCAGGGUAUGAACUAUACGGUAAAAGGGUAUUUCGGUCCCGGGAAAACUCUGGUCAUGGUUACUGACUGGAAAUUGAAGAUGCGCUCCACUUCAAAACACCUUUGCCCAAACAACGUUUUCGCACAACUUUAG